AUGGCUACUCUGUCCAAUAUCUGGCAAUACCUAAUUGUGCACUAUUCCGCCUCAGUCCUCGAAUUCGUCGGUACUCUCCUCAUCCAAAUAUGCUUCUUCUGGCUUCCUGCUACAGUAUACCUCACACUCGACUACAUUGCCCCCUCAUUCUCCCAAAGACACAAGAUCCAACCUACCCCCAAACAGCCCACAACUGCUGAAAUUCGACAUUGCGCCCUCAUCGUACUCCGGAACCAACUCAUGUCAAUACUCCUGCAUCUCCUUUUACUCUACCUCAGCACCACUCUAAAUAGCCAAAGUUCCCUCCGUGUUGACGCCACACUACCCUCAUUACCCUCGUUCGUCCGUGACAUCCUCCUCAGUCUUCUCAUACGCGAAGUCCUCUUCUACUACACCCACCGUCUCCUACACACACGUCCUCUGUACGCCCGGAUCCACAAACAGCAUCACCGCUUCACAGCACCCGUCGCUCUAGCAGCCCAAUACGCACACCCAAUCGACCACUUGUUUGCCAACGUCAUCCCCAUCGCCCUGCCCCCGCAAAUCCUGAGAAGCCACAUCCUCACCAACUGGGCGUUCCUGGCCUUUGAACUGUUGGAAACGACGACUGUGCAUAGCGGGUAUGAUUUUCUAGCCGGAUCGGCGAAGAAGCAUGACUUGCACCAUGAGAAGUUUCUGGUUAACUUUGGGAGCUUGGGGUUUUUGGAUUGGGUGCAUGGAACAGAGAAAUUGGGGAAGAAAAUUGCUGCUGAUUGAAGGAAUGCCCCUCCCCUCUCUUUUAGAUGGAUCCCCUAAGGGCUUACGUCAUAUGAGUACGCUGCAAAGAUUGAGGGUACUUACUUGGCACUACGGGAGAGGAGGGACGGGACGUUCAAACCGUGGCUGGGAGAGAGAGGAGAUGCGAGAGGAAUGGACUAGGCAAUUAUGGACAUCGAGAGAAGAUUGGGGAUGACGAGGAAGGAGUUGUCUGGGAAGCAUGAAGAGAGCCGGAUUGAUAGAUAAAACAGUCCAGAUAUCAAGACCUUAUAUAACGCAAUAAAUAACAUAACAAG